AUGAAAAAGGAGAAAAAGGGAAAUCACCGGGGCCUUGCUGCUGGACCUGAACCUGAACCUAGUACAAGCAUGUUGGCCAGCUUUAGCUCUUGUCCAUUGAGUCUCGUGUAUGAACCAUCCAAAGACGAACUUGAUGGACACUGGUCAUGUUUACUGUCUUCAAGUGAAGAUGGUGAAGAUGCAUGCGUUAAGAUCAAGGGUGAGAAUGCUGAAUCUUCAUGUGAAGUUGCUGGAGACACAUAUGUUAAUAUUGAGGGUGAGAAUCACAACAAUGAGAAGGCCCAAGAAAAUGCCAAUGGCAAAGACAAUGAUGAUGAGAAACACAGUUGUUCUGAUGCGAGUGCUGGUGAGAUUGGUUGGCAAGAUGUUGAUGGAGAAUUUGAUGAAAAUUUGGAGAAGAGAAUUGAAGAUUUCAUUGCAAAGGUUAAUAAAGGAUGGAGGGAAGAAAUGUUAAGGGACCAAUAA